CCACUUUCGGAAUAAUCUCCCAGCAGUGAAAUUACAAAGGGACCCUUGUUUUUGUACCCUUUGAAUGCGUUUUCCACUGUGGCGUGAUUCCACAAGAAAUGAAGUGAUUACUUCUCGACUUUUAUGAGAGAAGCUACCACGCAUUGACAACCUACUUUGUUUAUCCCGACAUCGCAUAUUAAUUACCCUUAAAACCAUUGUCGCUUACAGCAGCAUACACACAAACGCACAAUCACGCAUACGUCGUUUCACUCAUAGACCAACUCCACUUUACUUACGUAUUGCCUCAUAUAUAUCCGACAAUACCCUUCAUCUCUGUUGCUGAAUCAUGGAUCUCGACGAAAUCAAAGAAAUACAGCAAAAUGAAAUAGAAGCGCUCAAAGCCAUCUUUAUGGACGAUUAUGAAGAAGUGAUCAACAAGACAGCAUGGAAGGUUUCGCAAACAGCUCCUGAAUUCCUGCUGCACCUUUAUCCUUUGGGUGUUGAUGCAUCGGAAGCUUACGUCAAAAUAGAUCUCAAAGUCAGGUUUCCGAAAACAUAUCCCAAUAAACCACCAGAGAUGCAUUUGAUCAACCCGGUUGGUUUGUUUCCGAAAACGAUCCAACAAUUGAACGAAUCCAUGCUUAGUGCUGCUCGCGAAAUGACGGGGCGCGAGAUGAUGUAUGAUAUCGCCGAUCAUGUGCGCACUUUUCUCGCCAAUUACAACUCGCCACCUCCAGAAGGCAGUAAACUUACCUUGCACGAACAGAUGGUGAAACGCAUGGAAAAUGAUCUCAAGGUGGAAAAAGAACGAGAAUUGCAAGAGCAAAGGGAUCGAGCGGAACAGGAAGAGGCGGAAUUGCGCGUUCAAUCGGAAAUGAUGAAUGCGAAAAUCCAGGAAGAGUUGGAACGCAAAAGGGAACAUGCCCGAGUGGCGCGUCAGCAUCGUCAUGAAUUUGGCGAACCGAUUGUCGACGAUGAUUUUCACUCCCAUUUCGGUAUAGAGGAAGAUACGGAAGAUAGCAAAGUGCGUGAUGUUGUCAGCAGCGAAAUCAAAACCGUCCUAUUUGAUAAUCCAAUGACGAUUCCCAUUGAAGAGAAUUUUGCAACCACGUUCCCCAAGAGAGUUUGCUUUCACGCCGUGGCCCUGGGACCGUGUGUUGGUAAAGGAACCAUUGGCGAGGUUUACUCGGCGCAACCGAUCGGUUACAAAGUGAUCAGUGACAAUGGACCUGUGGAUGACGGUGACGGGGCUGACUUCCCAUGCUUAUUGGCAUUGAAACGCAUCGAUGUCAGUGGAGAAUAUUAUGUGACACAAGCUGGCAAAAGAAAGUUGCAGGAAAUAGAACGAGAACUGGACCGUUUACGCUCCUUGCAGCAUCCCAAUAUUUCGUGUAUUUAUAAUGCAAGACUGGAACGCAGUGAAUCCGAUCGCAGUUCGUGGGCAUUAUAUGUUCUCAUGGAUUACGAGCAAGGAGGCAGUCUGUAUGACCUGAUCCGAAAAUGUGGAGGCGGUUUACGUUUGGCCAUUGUGCGGAAAUACAUGAAACAACUGUUGUGGGCAGUCAACCAUAUCCAUUUGAAUGGUUUUGUAUGCAAAGACAUUCGUUCCAAGAGUGUUUUCUGUACAAACGAUCAGAUUUUGAAACUGGCCGACGUCAGUUAUGCGAAGCGGCUGCAUGAUUUACACAAAUCCAAUCCAUUAGUGGAAAAUGACCGUGGCAUGUCCAAUGAACCUUUGGCGGCCUGGAUUUCUCCCGAAGUAAGAGAUCGACCAGGCGUCUAUGGUCGUAAAAACGAUAUUUGGUGUCUAGGCAUCAUAUUCCUCGAAAUGCUGUGGGGUGUCGAUGUGACCCGCGAAUUUGGUGAUUUUGCCGCCUUUCUGCGAUCGGUCUCGGGUGAAUUUCCCGCUCAAGCUCGAGAAUUUGCGCAAAAGAUGUUGGAAAACGAUCCUAAAAAGCGGUUGACAGCUAUUGACCUUUUGAAUGACCCCUUCUUUUCCAGCGAAGGCGGAUCACUCAUAGCCGAUGCCAACCCGCCAAUAUUUACUGACAGUGUGGCUCCGGCUGUUCAACCUAAAGAAGCACCGACCCUAGGUCCCACUAGCCAUUUUGGGUUUGAGCCAUCCAUGGCGCCUCCCAACGAUUUUACUCGACCCACCUAUACACCGACCGCCAACAUGUCAUCAAUGGCUAUGGCUUCCGUUGGCAGUGGCACAUCGCGUUACAAGGCCGAUUUUGAAGAAAUUGAAUUUCUCGGAAAAGGAGGGUUUGGCGAAGUCGUGAAAGCUCGAAAUAAGCUCGAUGGCAGAUUAUAUGCCAUCAAGAAAAUUCGACUGGAUCCUAGGGACAGUGAAGAUAUCCGCAAAAUUCUAAGGGAGGUGCAGACACUGUCAAGCUUGCAUCAUCAAUAUGUCGUACGCUAUUAUACAACCUGGUUCGAAGAUGAAGAUGGGACCGGUUGGAAAGACAGCGACGAUGAUGACUACAGCGAAGACGAAUCCGAGUCCGAUUAUGACGAGGAAGACGAAGAUGUGAGCGUGCUUCAGAAGCGAUUUGAUUUUCUUUCCAUGAAUCAUUCCAAGAGUCACAGUUACUCUGCGGUGCGUUUCGAUGAGGACGACGAUGUCGCUUCGACGGAAGAUUCAGACAGUUGCUUUGACACCGAAACGGUGGCCUCCUCUGAAGACUUCAUUUCAUUCGUCCAAGAUGAUACCGCGAGCGAUUCUACGGACGCGACCAAGAAACAGAAACUUGCGCGCAAGGUGCUGGCCAAGAUGAAAAAGCAACAUCAUGAAGACAAGAGUAGCGCAAGUGAAAGGCGGUCGCAGCAUCGUACGCGGGUAUUGUACAUCCAGAUGGAAUACUGCGAAAAGAAGACGUUGCGGGAUGUUAUUGAUGAAGGCAUCAAUGAAGACGAAGCGUGGCGUUUGUUCCGUCAAGUCCUGGAAGGCUUGGUGCAUAUCCAUUCCCAAGGCAUGAUUCAUCGUGAUCUGAAACCGUCCAAUAUCUUUUUGGAUUCCAACAAUGAUGUGAAAAUUGGUGACUUUGGUUUGGCGACGACCAAUCAGACUCUGGUGGAUGCUGUGAAUGCGUUUACAAAGACGUCGACGGUCGGUCGUCUGCAAUACGCGGGCUCAGCGCCGGAGAGUGGCGUCAACAGCUUCAAUGGAUAUUCAGCAACCAGUAUCAACUUUACAGCCGACGAAAGUAUGACGACGGGUGUAGGUACGACGUUUUAUGUUUCGCCCGAGGUACUUCCCGAUCCCACCACUGGCGCAACCUCUGGGAUGCGGUACAAUCAGAAGGUGGACAUGUUCUCUCUCGGUGUUAUGUUUUUCGAAAUGUGCUACAAGUUUCAGACCGGCAUGCAACGAGCGAUUAUUCUGACCGAACUACGCAAUGGGAAAUUCCCAGACGAUUUUCCAAAGGAAUAUGUCAAUCAGAAGAAGAUUAUCCUCAUGCUUCUCUCACCGCAACCGAAGGACCGGCCCAACAGUUUUGAAUUGUUGAGAAGUGACCUGCUGCCUCCAAAAUUGGAAGAUGAGUAUAUCAAAGAAUGUGUUCGAACUAUAGCCAAUCCGAAUACGCCUUACUACAACAAACUGAUGUCGGCCAUGUUUUCGCAAUCCUCGGAUCGUCACAAAGAUUUUACAUAUGACUAUCAGACUCAAGUGGAAAUGCCUUUUGAUCCGUUCAACCACAUCUUUCACGAUCGGAUCCAGGAACACAUGGCGAAAGUGUUCCGACGCCAUGGAGCUAUCAAUGUUUCGGUUCCUUUACUGAUUCCGAAAAACGAUCUUUAUGAAUGGAACUGGAAGAAUCCAGUGUAUCUGAUGGAUUCUCACGGCUCUCUGAAUCAGUUGCCAUUUGAUCAAACCGUGCCCUUUGCACGUUACAUCUCUCGAAAGAAAGGGUUUCCUGAACUGAAGCGAUUCACCUUCGAGAAAGUGUAUCGUGAAAAUCCAAGUGGAGGACAACCUGAAACGGUGCUGGAGGCUGAUUUUGACAUUGUGCACCGAGAUACGACACCGAUGGUUCCUGAUGCGGAAGUGAUUAAGGUGGUAGAGGAAGUAUUAGAGGAACUACCGCCUUAUCGCAAGGGCGGAUUUCACUUUAUCAUCAAUCAUGCCGGUAUCACUGAUUUAAUUCUGGAUAACUGCCGUGUACCGACCGAUUACCGAAAAGGCGUUCUCGUCGCGCUGUCCAGUCUUGGCCGUGGGACCUCUUUCAGCACAGUCCGCAAUGUGCUCAAACUCAAAUUCCAUCUCCAACGAAGUGUCCUGGAUGAAUUGUCCAUUUUCAACAUUCAAGGGGAACUGGAAGUGGUGAGCAAAAAGGUGGAAAAUCUCCUGGUGGGACCGCAUAAGUCCCGUUUCCGAGAAUAUGUGCACGACCUUCGACUUCUGUUCACUAUGUGUCGAAGGAUCGGGGUGCACCACAAGGUGCUUUUCCAUCCUCUCUUAGUGUAUAACAACCACUUUUAUAAAAAUGGUAUGGUGUUUGAGACGGUGGCCGAUACGAUUGAUUCAAAAAAGAAAGACGUGCUCGCGGUUGGUGGACGAUAUGAUAUUUUGAUCCAGCAUUUUGCUCAUCCCAGUGCUUCUGCAAAUCGUAAACUUCGCGCGGUGGGCGUGAAUAUCGCGGUACAAAAGCUAAUUCGACAUUUGGAUAUGCAUCAAUCGGAGCAAGUCAAAUAUUUGGUCAAAGCAAAGAACGAACGUUUACGCAGUUUCGGCGUGUGGGCUCCCAAAAAGAGCGAUGUGUAUGUGGCUAGUUUCGGCAAAGUAUUGAUACAGGAAAGGUUGGAGAUUGUUCGCGAGCUGUGGAGCCACGGUAUUCGAGCCGAUUUCCAGUACAAUGACGGGAACACGUUGACGCCCGAAGAACUUGUCACGUACUGUAAAAAGGCGAGCAUCAACUGGAUCGUCAUUGUGAAGUAUAAGAAUCCCGAAGGCAAGUCUUCGGGACAAAAUGGGGACAGUUCGACCACCGUCAAAGUGAAGGAUGUGCUGCGCAAAACGGAACAUGAAAUCAGUAAAGCUGAUUUAUGCAUUUGGCUCACGGCGGAAAUUGGGGAACAAAUGCGCGUCGAUCACUCCCAUUCCAGUAAAAUUCGUAACAAACAUGAGCUUAAAACCAAAGAAGCCUCGGAAGCAACGAGACAUGACUAUCUGAUGCAUGAGGUGUCCAAGGGCGAGGGAUCCGAGUUGAAGAAGAGUAACUUUGAUGUGCAAGUAGUGUACAGCGAGGCUCGAGGCAAAGAGCGAAUGAAAAUGAAACACAAGCAUAAAUCGAUGCUCACUGAUAAAGCUAUUCAUCAUUUGACGCCGAUCAUGGACAGUCUGAAGCGCGAUGAAGUGCAAGUGAUCGCUUUUGAUCUACCCAAGGAGUUGAUCAAGAAAAUGAACGAAUACAACUUUUGGCAAGAUGAUGGACUGAAGAAACUCAUGGAUCUUGCCACCAUCAACCAACGAGAUACCCUGCUGAAAGCGAAACAAGCGGUUGAAAAAUUGAUCGAAGCCAAACAUCGAUGUGUCUGGCUCUAUUCUCACAAGGACGAUUUCGCUAUGCUAUGUAAUUUAUAUUAAUCUCUUUUUUUUUUUUUAUCCCAAACAUGGUUCGAUUGUGAUCACUCUAUAUUCUUUUUUAAAUACACUUCUUUUAUUUAUCAAUUGUUGGCUUGGAGAUCAAUUA